GCUUCUUUCUCUCUCUCUUUCUCUCUCUCUUUCACUCUUUCACUCUCCCUUUGUUCACUUUGAGCAGGCGUCAUCACUUGGGAAUCAAAAUGGGCGGCGGAUCGAGCAAGGACGCCGUGAUUGACGCGCUCGGCGAACUCAUCGCAGCUGCCAAUGUCAUUCCGUAUGCAUCGGCCAAGGACGAGCCCAGCGCAGCGUCGUCAGCGUCGGUCUGGUCCAAGCUGUUUGAGCGCGCACUGAGCCUGGACGACUUGUACGAGCUCGUUCAGCCAGACGACGUGAGGCGCAUCAUGCGUCAGACACCCGAGAACUUUCGCUCAUUGCUCCACAAGUUGGUCGAACGCGUCACGUUGAGCGCAAUUCGGGGCUGCAACACGACAGAGAUGGCGACUGGCGCAAUCAACGGCAUUCGCUUCCUCACACGCAUCAUGCCGCUUGUCUUUGAGGAUCAAGAGUGGCGCGAGUACAUGUGGAAAGUUGGACGCGAGCCUCCAACAACGUUCCCGACAUCCCCUGCGACUGGCAUCACGCUCGCUGGCAUUCUCGUGGAGGCGUUGACCGACCUCUGCUUUUCGCCGGGAUUCACGAUUGCCACGACACUCACAGUUGCAGAACUCGACAGCCGCGAAUUUAUUUGGGAAACGGGCAUUGGCAUGGAGGCGGCCAAGCCGAGUGCGCAUCUGGACGGGAAUCGGGAGGAGGUGCUGCGCCUGCUCAUCACCUUGUGCAUGUCCUCUGCACUGUACCAGCCGCCAGGGCACAUUUCCAACCCUUGGUUGGCCACACUGACAUCCGGCAAAGUGAGGCACACGCUGCCCUUGAUUUGCUCUUGCCUCAACGUUGUUUGCUCCUACGACCCGGUUGGCUACGGUAUUCCCUACAACUUUUUACUCGUCUCGGAUAAACGUGCUCCGCUCGUGGUCAUGGCAGCCCAGCUGCUCAUUCUGUGUCUUGAUUAUCCUGGAGACCAACAGGUUGCUUCUGCCGAGUCGGAAUUUGGCAAUGAAGUGCCACGUACUCCAACUUCGCCUCACCUGCCAGCGGCAUCGCUUGGAAACUCAUGGGCCACGUCAUUAUCGCGGUUGCACCGACUGGAGGACUUUACUUUUGUGCUCCGUGGACUUUCUCGGUUGCUCCAAAACACACUGCGUUCCACUUACUUGCCUGGGUCUCAAGUCAAGAUUGACUUUCAGCAAGAGGUGCUCGUGAUACUGUGGAAGAUGUGCGACUUGAACAAGCACUUUUUGCAUCACUUGCUAAAAUCCAGCGAUGUAUUGGAGCUGGUGGUUCCCAUUUUGAGCUUUUGUCUCGAAGCUCGCAAUGAUCAAUCACCGCGCGUUGGGCUCGUGCACAUAUGCGCCUUUUUGCUCUUGCUGUUCAGUGGCGAGCGAAACUUUGGCGUUCGCCUGAACAAGGCCUGGACAGGCCACGCGUUUGCAGACAUUCCCGCCUUUGUCGGUUCUUAUGCCGAUUUAAUGAUUCUUACAUUCCAUCGGACAAUCACGAUGGGUCACGAGCGAUUGUCCAGUUUGCAAGAUUGCUUCCUGACAAUCCUGGCAAACGUGUCGCCGUACUUCAAGUCCAUCACCCUGGUCUCGAGCGCCAAGCUGCUGCAUCUCUUUGAGUUUUAUUCGACGCCUCGAUUUUUGCUUGCGCGGCCCAACAACCACAAUCUGCUUGUCUUUUUGAUUGAGAUUUUCAACAAUGUGAUUCAGUAUCAGUUUGACGGCAACGCCAACAUGAUUUACACCAUCAUUUGCAAGCGCGCGGCGUUCGACCACCUCAGUUCCUUGACUUUGGACAAGUGCCAAGCGUCGAUUGCAGCCAAGUCUGCAUCGGCCACACCUGUUGCGUACGAAACCGAAGCCUUUGAAGCCACUCAAGAAUGGUUUGACGAGUGGAAGAGUCAUCUCCAGCUGCAAACAAUCAACCGAAUGCUGCAGAUUCUGGGUCCUCAAGUUGAAAAGAUUUGCGUUGACCGAGGCGUGACAGACGAGGCAGAGAUUUUGGACUUUUUGAGACACGGCACGCUUGUUGGUCUGUUGCCUGUGCCUCACCCAAUCCUCAUUCGCAAGUACCAGCCAAACGCGGGCACGGCCUCCUGGCUCACGACGUAUAUUCACGGCCUGCUGUAUCUGCGAUUGGCCAACGUCUGGAGCGGCGUUGCUGUUGUGUUGUUCCAAGCAGCGGCGGCGAAAGCAGCGUCCUCCUCUUCCCGUCCACCAUCGUCCAAUGCUGCCACGCCCGAUGGAGAGUAAAGAGCUUCUUCACCGAUAUUGUGUUAUCUCAGUUUCGGUUGGUUGGUGAACGUCUGAGCGUUCUUUGUCGAAUGUCAAAAAUCCGACCCCAUUCCGGCUGGUUGCCUGCGAUCGCGAUUCGCUCUUCUAUUUUACCAGAUGAAAUGCAUUCGUUCCAUAUCAC